AUGUACUUCAUCGCAGUCCUUGCGGUCCUCGUUUCCUUUGCCGCCGUAGAGGCCGGAGCCCAAAUUAUUGGAUGGCCAAAUUGGAAUGUCACGUUUUACACGGAUAAAGAGUGCAAAGAUGCACACUCAACCGCUCAGAUAAACCAAAAUUUCACAUGCCAGGCUGUCUAUCGAGCACAGGACCAAGUAUGGUCAUACUUCCCAGUAGGACCGAAGACUUUCCGUCAUGGCGGCUCUGCCAACUUUACUGUCUACACAAAAGAGAACUGCCCAAAAGCUAUGGCUUCUACGUUUGGCCAAAUAGCAAAAUUCAACACGUGCAAUACGGGACCAGCUACCUUCAUGAGUUAUGACAUGUACUUUAAUCCAGGGGAGGCCACAGACUAA